AUGACGGAGUUGAUAAACCAUAGGCGACCGAGAAAACGAAGCUUCACGGAUGUGCCCUGCUUGGUGGUCUUCCUCCUUUUCUUGGGAGGAUGGGCCUAUAUCGCCUAUUACGCCAUCACUCACGGAGAUCUUACGCCAAGGGAUUCCUUCAAGCGGAAGUGCGGUCAGGACUCAGGAGUUCUGGACAAGAAGAACCUGUUCUAUUUCGACCUUAACGAGUGUUUCGAUCCAAUGGUACCCCUGAUAGGAUGCCCUACACCGCAGGAGUGCGCUCGAUGGUACAUCAAAAGCGAUCCUUUCCUCAACCGAUGCAUUCCCCAGUUCUCCCACCACGUAUGUGAUUACAUUUCCGGAAAUGUUUCCUCGGAUGCCAGUUUCAAAAAAAAAGCCUUCGAACUCAUUAAGUUCGUGUAUCAAGCUUUUUCAUCGGAUAAUAGCAAGCAAUCGGAGGAGGAGACUCCGAUUGACCAGUGCAAGCGCCGGGUUAACGAGAUCGUUUUGAAGGAAAAAAUUAUUCUGACAACGGAGCGGCUUGGAAAGAUGGUGGGCAACUUGGUGUCUCGCAUCUACACCCACGAUGCACAGCAAUUUGGCAGGGAUAUUGUUGAGGAUGUGUUCCACUCCUGGAAGAUUGUGUUGCCCGCCUGCCUCUGCACGCUGAUCAUCUUACUAGCUGACAUGGUUCUAGUCCACAGGCUCUCGUCCGUAGUCCUGUUCGCUCCCUUCGUGGGCGGGCUCAUCGGGGUCGGAAUGGCCAUAUACUUCACCGUGAGUCAGUACCUCUACUAUAAGGAUCACUUCAAAUGGGAGGCUCCCGACUAUUUACCGUUUUCCCGUUAUAUAAACUUAUUGCGAAACCGCAAAACCUGGCUCACUCUCACAAUCAUCCUUGGCCACUGCUUCCUGAUCUUCUUGGUUCUGGUGAUUGCGCUAAGGAACUACAUCCGGAAAGCGAUUACCCUGACCAAAGAGGGCAGAAAGGCUGUGAGCAGUGUGCUUAGCAGCGUGUUCUUCCCCAUCCUCACCUGGAUGCUCAUCCUUGUCGCCUUAGGGUUCGCCAUCAUUGUGGGUUUGAAUCUGACAUCCAUUGGAGAUCCUUCGUUUAGAAAGAUGCGGCAGUUAACGGAAAGUGGAGAUGUGUCCCCAGAAGAUUGCAUCUGCGAAGGUCCAGCCAUCAAUUACACAGUGGGUGGAUCCUGUGACCCUCUAGUGUUCCAGCAAAAGUGCUCCCUUUGGAAGGAUGGAAAGUCGCUGAGUCGCCCUUGUUUGAAAACCACUUGCAGCUUCGAGGGAAUUAAUAACCCUCCUAUGAUCAAGUGGUUACUAUUCUACAACAUCUUCGGUUUCCUCUGGCUGUGCUCCUUCAUCUUCGACUUCAGCUACAUGGUGUUGGCCUCUGCCUUCGACAUCUGGUACUGGGGCGAUGCUACGAAUAAUCCUCUCAUCCUCAUCCGGGCUUUCGGCGAGAGCACUUACCACUUGGGAACGGUGGCCUUUGGUUCCCUUGUGUUCAAGUUCGUUUGGAUAAUCCGCCUUGUUCUCGGGCUCAUCUAUAAGUUGCUGAGGAAUUUCGACACAGUGGUGACACGGGCCUUUCAUAGUUGCAUCGUCACCAUCUCCGUUCUAAAUCCGAGCGCCUACAUCAUGUGCGCCAUUAGUGGCAAGAACUUGUACAAAAGUGGCAUGGUGGCGUCCAAGCUACAGGAUUCACCCUUGAGUGCGGCGAUUCCAAGGAACGGAAUUGCGACCAUGUUCUUUUUACUGUCAGGAUUAUUAUUUUUGGGGGCCGAAGCGGCCACCUACUACUUCCUAAAACAUUUUCCGGACUUUGUUCAGCUGCACUAUGAUGUGGUUGCCAUCAUGGUGGUAGGGAUAUCCACCUCCCUCAUAACCAUUACAUUCUUCAAUGUCUACUUGACGGCCAUGGACACAAUGUACCUGUGCUGUCUCGAGGACUUUGCCGAAAACGAUGGAUCGCCGGAGAAGCCCUACUUCAUGAGUAAGGGACUCAUGAAGAUCCUGCACUUAAAGAACAAGAGUGUAGAAGAAGGACAAAAUCAUUAG